AUGUCCCAGUUCUCUGCGGGCACAAAGACACCUCCGCCUUCGACCUCUCCUCCUUCAGAUUCGCCUCACAGACCAGGACAUCGCAAGACCAAUUCCGGCACUGAGCCUUUCCCCGAUCACCGAGUCAGUGCCGACAUCUCUCGGCCAAACACACCGCCUUCGCGGCCAGAUUAUGGCACACCUCUAAACGGUGGAUCUCCAAUUGAACCAUCUGCCCGUCGACGACGAAGUUCAUCUGCUGCUUCUUCACGACCCCCGUCAAUGGUCCUGGGUCAUCAACCAGCCAUCAUGGAUAUUACCGAGGACACGAUCCCCGAGCUUCAGCCCAUCUUUUCUUUUCUCAACAGCCACUCCAACAAACUUUACCAGGAGGGUUAUUUCCUCAAACUCGAUGACCAGAAUACACCUAACCAUGCAUCAACAGAGGGUAAACCCAACCCUGAUAGAACCUGGACUGAGUGCUUUGCCCAGCUCGUAGGAACUGUUCUGUCACUAUGGGACGCCGGGGAGCUCGAUGCCGCCGGCGAGGAUGGCGAGGUGUUGCCCAAAUUUAUCAAUUUGACGGAUGCUUCAAUCAAGAUGAUCGAGUCGCUACCUACGAGGUCUGCUGAUGAACAACCGCUACAGAAUAUCUUGAGUAUCUCCACAGCUGGAAGAAACCGAUAUCUGCUUCACUUUAACUCCCGACACUCGUUGCUCCAGUGGACUGCUGGUAUUCGCCUUGCUAUCUUCGAGCAUUCGUCCCUGCAGGAGGCCUAUACUGGCGCUCUCAUCGCUGGAAAGGGCAAGACCCUCAACAACAUUGGUGUCAUCAUGGAGAGGGCACGAUUCCCUACCGAAGAAUGGGUUAGAGUCCGAUUCGGUGCUGGUGUACCCUGGAGACGAUGCUGGUGUGUCAUCACCCCCCCUGAUGAGAAACAGUAUGCAAAGCUACAGAAGGAGCUCAAAAAGAGGUCUGCUUAUGAUCGAUCUCCUGUCCCUACGCUUAAGGGAGACAUCAAGUUUUACGAUCAGAGGAAGGAUGGCAAGAAGCAGAAGAAAAUGCAGCCCAUUGCGACAAUCACCGAUGCCUACUCGGCAUACGCAAUCUACCCCCAGAGCAAGAACUUGAUUGAUGCGUCGACUCUACUCAAGGUCGAGGGCAACAUCGAUAUUCAUACCGACCCACCCUCCUCCACCGAGGGUUUUGUCUUUAUCAUGCCCGAGACUCGUCCUGCUGUUAGUGGAUUCGAGAUGUUGUUGCGUUUCCUCUUCCCUACCUGGGACACUUUUGGUCUUUAUGGCCGACCUGGAAGACUCGUUGCUAGUACACUUGACUCUCGAUCGCUCAUGUUCGCCAUGCCUAAGAGCCGGCGUUAUGGUUACCUCGAGAAUCUCGAUGUUUCGAACUUGAUCCUUGAGGACGGUAGUUCAGGAUGGGGUGAGCGAGACUGGCGGAAAAAGCUGAAGGAGUCCACUGGAACUCGUAUGAAUGCCGUUGACGAUAGUCCUACAACACGCUCUCGCAGUAACAGCCGAAAGAGUGUCAGACUGAGCUUUGGUGAUGGGCCUCCGAAACCCAAGAGCGGAUAUUCCGAUCAACAAGUUCCCACUCGGUCCUCGCGAUCUUUCUCUCUUAGUGAACGCACCCGAACAGAUUCGGCUCCUGCAGAUCCCGCACGCGUUGCCCUCGGAGGACAUGGUCGUAAUUCUUCCGAUCCCAACCAGCUGGGUGGCCCUCCUUUCCGUCCGGAUGCCAACGGUAACGGUAACAGUCCUUACUCGGGCUCACCACAGCGUGGCCAGACUCCUGUCGGCGCUCCUUACCAGAACCAGGUUUCCCGUGAUCUGAGUCCUGCCUACCAAAACGAAAGACCCUCUGGUUCGCCUCCUCUGAAGGAUUUGGAUGGUAUGCGACAGAUGCACACUCCUGAGCCUGUUUCGCGACCCCCUGCCUUCAACCAUGGGUCCCAGGCUCGCCCCGUCAGCAGGGCUUACCACUCUCCGGAGCUCAGACGGGCCAACAGUAGGCUUUCAGUUACUACCCUUGCUCAGCUAGCUACAGCUGGAGGCUUGGGUGAACAGAAUGGUUCGCAACCCUCUGCAAGGGAAGAUGAGGUGGACACAAGAUCUGGACCAUCGGUACUGCCACCACACGCCAACUCCGUAGGGAUAUCUGCUAACGACAACCGUUCGCGUGAAGGUUUAAACCUACCGAAUCAGGAUCCCUCUUCCAACAGUCUACCCCCUCCGGCCAACUUAUCCCAGCAGCGAUCCCGAUCACCACUAGCCCAACCCCCUCUUGGGUCGCCUAAUCCUUACGGCCGCGGGCCUAAUUCGCGUCCUGGAACCUCGGAAGGUCGACGGUCCCCGAUGCCUCCUGGUAUGCCCCCUCAACAGCGACCUCCUCACCCCCAGAACACCAACCGUCGACCUGACAUGGGUCCAGACGGACGUCGCCCUUCAGAUCCCAGACGCCCUGGACCUGAUGGACGACGUCCUUCUGACCCUCGAGGUCCUGGUUUUGAUGGGCGCAGGCCUUCCGAUCCCCGAGGCCGUGGCAAUGGCCCGCCUCCGGGAUACGGACCUCCGCCUCCUGGUGGCCCCUAUGGUAACUACCGACCUGGACAAGGCCGUCCACCUGGUCCCCCUGGCCCUCAGGGUCCGCAUGGACCGCCUGGUUCACGUCCGAAUGACCCACCAGGACAGAUGACGCAUCGAAAGCCCGUCCCAGGACCGCCUGGUCAAGGACCACCUGUUCAAGGACCACCUGCCCCGUUCGACAAUAACAAGGGAAACACCAUGUCCGGCAGCAGCGCAAUCACUACUAAUGAGAUUAUCGAUCACUACGCUUAUGACCAAGGCCGCCAGACUCCUCGGGAAGGAACACCCAACUCCGACAGGCGACCACCACCUCCUGACAGGCAGGAAAGCCAUUUGAGUAAUCAAAGCAGUCACUACGACGACAAUUCUCCCACUAGUAGCCUCAAGAACUUCGUGGAUACUUAUCAGUACAGCGAACCAAAACCGCGAGCCGGUGUUCUGAAGACUGUUGGCGGCGCCGAGGAAUUAGGGCCCGGAGAUCCUGGUUAUGGUAUUCCAAACAUCAACUUUGGCCCAACCAUCAACUACGCAGCCACUCAAGAUCGCAACAAGUCAUCGACCUCGCAAAGACCACACACGCCAGGAGGCCAAGGACCAACCCCCCCUCCACAUAAGUCUUCUGGAUCCCAAGGAUCCCUUGGUCGCAAUGAGUCUCCAGACCCGAAGCGCACUAUGGCAUGGCAGCCAGGCACAUCAGCCCCCUCCCCCGGCUCUCACGGGCUCAGCGCGGAAGAGUUUGUACAGCAGAGGGCAGCCCAUGUCCGGAGCGCAUCUAGCAACACAUUAGGCGGCCGAUCCGGCACACCUAGUCCAGGAAUGAACCGAACCAAUUCUUCCGACAUGCUUCAAGCUGUUCAGAACGGUCGGCACUCUCGGAGCAGUUCCGCCGAUUUACUCUCGCGGCCUGGAUCAAGGGGUGCUAAUUCCAGUCUGAACUUUGCAAGCUCCGGUGAAACCUCAAGUCACCUCAGUGCACGGGAACAGGAACAUGUUGCACGUAUAACAGGCCAACCUUUGAUCAACAUGCCAGCCCACCAGAGACAGGGGUCCCAGGGCCCUUACACGCCUACUCAUCAGAGACAAGCCUCGUCAGGCUCUGGCUUAGUGGGUGCCAUCGAAGCUCGGGAGAGGGAGAAGCAACACACGAAGCAGGGAAUGAACAGUCAAGCAGUUCAGCAGGCAAUCAACCAACGCCAGCACCAACAGGCAGCUAUGGCCUACCAGCAACAGAUGGCCCAGCAACAAAUGGCUCAGCAACAAAUGAUGCAACAGCAACUGGCCCAACAGCAACAAAUGGCAUAUCAGCAGCAAGUUCAGCAGCAACAGAACUUCCAGCAAGGAUACCAGCAACCCCAUACGGGUACUGGUAAUAUGCCCGCAUAUAGCCCCAUGGGUCAACCAGCUGGGCAGUACACGCCCGGUGGAUCGCCGUACGGUGCAGUACCUCAACAAAUGGGCGGACAUGGGCAGGCUAGCAGCUUUUCGCGUCCUAUGCGAGCUGCACAGCAGGUUGAUCCACGUUUUGUGCCGCCGCAAGGUCAAUACAGCCCAGCAUCAGGAACUCAGCAGAACCCUAGAGGCGUUCAUCCUCAGUAUCAAGGACAAGCUUUUUAG